AUGGUCGACACGGGGAGCUCGGCCGACAUACUCUACUUCGAUGCCUUCCAGAAGCUGGGCCUGGCCAGGGAAAAUCUAAGCCCGAUGUGCUCGGCACUCACCGGUUUCACGGGAGAUUCAAUAUCGCCCCUGGGGGCUAUUACUUUGCCCUUGACCCUAGGGACCCCACCAAGGUCGAAGACGGUGAUGACCACUUUCCUGGUGGUCGACCUCCCCACUGCUUACAAUGCCAUACUUGGUCGGCCGACCCUCAAUAAGGUCAGAGCCGUCGUCUCGACCUACUACCAGACCAUCAAGUUCCCAACCCGUGCGGGAGUUGGGGAACUCACAGGAAGCCCCCGAGAGUCUAGACGGUGCUACCUCACCUCCGUUACAUUGGACAAGAGAGCCAGGACCGAGGCGUCCCAGGAAGACCCACGGGAAACAAAAAAACUGACUCCCCACCCCGAGCCGAGGGGAUCCACUGUUGACAUUCCUCUGCGAGAAGCUCGCCCGGACCAGACAGUCAAGGUCGGAUCUGAGCUACCCGAGCGGGAACGGGAGCAGCUCAUCGGUCUCCUAUGGGAAAAUGCCGACGUCUUCGCCUGGUCCCCGUCAGACAUGACGGGUGUCGAUCCAGAGGUCGCGGAGCAUCACCUCAACAUCCUGCCUGACGCUCGCCCAGUGAAACAAAAGCCUCGGUGCCAGGCCCCUGACCGACAACGUGCAAUACAAGAGGAGGUGGACAGGCUCUUAGCCGCGGGCUUCAUAGAAGAAGCCAAAUAUCCUCGAUGGUUGUCCAAUGUAGUCCUCGUGAAAAAACACAAUGGAAGCUGGAGGAUGUGCGUUGAUUAUACCAGCCUCAACACUGCAUGCCCUAAAGACUGCUACCCCCUCCCAAAGAUCGACCAGCUGGUCGAUGCGACGGCCGGCCACGCGCGACUCUCUUUUAUGGACGCCUACUCAGGGUAUAACCAGAUCAGGAUGGCGCCCGAAGACAGAGAGCACACGGCCUUCCUCACCGGUCAAGGGGUGUACUUCUACAAGGUCAUGUCGUUCGGGCUAAAGAAUGCUGGAGCCACAUACCAGAGCACAGUAAACAAGAUGUUCGCCCAUCAGAUCGGGAGGAACAUGAAAGUCUAUGUGGACGACAUGAUUGUGAAAAGCCGAGAGGCCGGAACGCACCUUGCAGACCUGGCCGAGGCCUUCGCCACGCUGCGCAAGUUCGGCAUGCGGCUCAACCCCACAAAGUGCGCUUUCGGCGUCACCUCCUGGAAGUUCCUCAGCCUUCCCCGGCUCGCCUCCGUCUCCCCCGGCGAGAGGCUGGGCCUCUACUUGGCGGCCUCCCCGCAUACAGUCAGUUCUGUCCUGGUCAAGGAAAGCUCCGACCAACAGCUCCCGAUCUACUACGUCAGCCACGUCCUGAGUGGACCUGAGGAACGUUACUCGCCGAUAGAGAAACUCGCGCUUGCCCUGGUGCUCUCGGUUCGGAAGUUGUGCCCCUACUUCCAGGCACACCCGGUGGAAGUCGUCACCGACCAACCUCUCCGGCAGGCGGUGGAGCUCGGCGAACACGACAUAAGAUACCUGCCCAGGACCGCCAUUAAGGCCCAAGCGGUAGCCGACUUCAUCGCGGAGCUGACUCGAAUGGAAGAUAUAAAUCUCGAGCAGGCUCCCGAGGCUUGGACCCUACACGUCGACGGCUCGGCCAACUCAAAGGGUGUCGGCGCAGGGCUGGUACUCCUCGCCCCCGACGGACGCUCGUUUGAGCGCUCCCUCCGCUUCGGGUUUAAAGCUACCAACAACGAGGCGGAGUACGAGGCGCUCUUAGCAGGACUGAGGCUGGCCCUCGAGAUGCAGGUGGCCGCGAUACACGUCCACACCGACUCGCAACUAGUGGCCGAGUAG